AUGAGGACACCUAACUCCACCUUGGUAAGUAUCUUGUCCCAGUCACAAAAAAGCCUCAACAGACCCAGCUCUUCACAAUCUGCACUAAAUGCUUAUUAUUUGGGGAGGAUGCUCAUGGCAACAAAAGCAGGCUUGGAUGACAAAAUGACAGAUACUGGCAACUUGGAUGAGAUAUUACCAGAAUGGGAGAAAAACUUAAACAAUAUAAAAAUACCUCCUUCUUUUACCAAGAUGCUCCAAGAGACUGGGAAGACUUUCCCUCACUCCAAACAAGUCGGGAAUUACCUAGUAGGCAAAAUGAUCAACAAGGGCUCCUUUGCCAAGGUGAUGGAGGGACUGCACAUCCCCACAGGGGAGAAGGUAGCUAUAAAAGUCAUUGACAAGAGGAAAGCCAAGCAGGAUUACUAUGUUUUAAAAAACAUGAAGCGUGAGCCACGGAUACACCAGAUGAUUAAGCACCCCAACAUUGUUCAGCUAUAUGAGACCUUGGAGACUGACAACUCCUAUUACAUGGUGAUGGAGCUGUGCCUCGGUGGGGAUCUCCUGGACAGAAUUUGUGACAAAAAGAGGCUGGUGGAACAGGAAGUAAGGAGAUACACCAGGCAAAUUCUGUCUGCAGUAGAGCACCUGCAUUGCCAGGGGAUUGUCCACAGGGACCUAAAAAUUGAAAAUUUUCUUCUUGAUGAGAACAACAACAUCAAAAUCAUUGAUUUUGGACUGAGCAAUACUGCAAGGUUUGAGGGUCUCUCCCAGGAGCUGUUACAUACCCAGUGUGGAAGUCCAGCUUAUGCUGCCCCAGAACUCCUUGCUCGUAAGAAAUAUGGUCCAAAGGUAGAUGUCUGGUCCAUAGGUGUGAGCAUGUUUGCUAUGUUAACUGGCACAUUACCCUUCACGGUGGAACCUUUUAAUAUCAAGCAACUACAUCAAAAGAUGUUAAUUGGAGAAAUCAGCCCUAUUCCAUCAGAUAUAUCCCCUGGAGCUGUACACUUCAUGCAGUCUCUACUUGAGCCCGACCCUGCUAAGAGGCCUGGAGUCAUAGAAGCAAGACAAGACAAAUGGUUGAAUGAAGGUUUCACCAGGAAAAUACUGAACGCUGCUGCCUGUGAGAACAGUUUCCUCGUGCCCUGUGCCUCUGCUGCGCUGCCCACGCCGCAGCGAUCACCGCCACCCGCAGCAGUCUGGGCAGAGACUCGGGAGCGGCUGCGCGUGUCUGCCCUGCGGCCACAGGCGGCACAGCGAGCCGGCCACCUCCAUCCCGUGGCCGCCGAGAGCCAGGCACAUUCCCCUGCCAUGAAUCACUCUUCAAAUAAUUAA